CUCUGAGCCCUGCUGGCAGAACGAACCAUCUUUAGAGAAUUAAAGGACUUCCUUGGGCUCUGAAUAGUAAGUGUUUGGAGCACCGAAAGAAGUGUCUCACCUUUAGCCAUAGAGAUAUAUAUUUAGCUCUGAGGGCAGACUGUGGAAUUGGAGGCCUAGAAAGAUUGUUUAUAAACACCCACUCCUGUGGCUCAGUUUUGCAGCAGAACGUCAGGCUGAACAUAGAGAGCCAGGCUAUGAGCGUGCAAGAAAGAGGGUUCACAUCAAGCUGACCUCCACAUGGAGCCCUGGCUGGUGAUGCUGCUCUUUUUACAGGCAGUUUGGAAUGGCGUCCUUGGGAAAACCCAUUCUUUGCACAAAAGAGGAAUCCUUGAGUUAGCAGGAACCAUAAAAUGUAGCACAGGACGAAUUCCUUUGGCAUAUCUGGGUUAUGGAUGCUACUGUGGCCUGGGAGGACAUGGCUGGCCUAAAGAUAAAACAGACUGGUGCUGCCAUGGUCAUGACUGCUGCUAUGGCUUUGCAGAAGAGCAAGGAUGCAAUCCCAAGACAACUAGGUACAGAUGGAGCUGUAGGCGCAACACUGUGGUAUGUGAUACAGUACUAGACAGAUGUCAACAAAUAGUGUGCCAAUGCGACAGAGAAGCAGCUGAAUGUUUGCGAUCUGCUGUUUUUAACCGACGCUAUAUUCUCUGGCCAAAUUUUUUGUGUAGCCAAACUCAUCCCAUGUGUACUUAUAAUGUUAAUGAGAAUGGUAAGGGGUGUAAAAAGAUUUUUAAAAAUUAAUGUGGAACUUU